UCAAAAUGGCGGAUAGCGGUUCUGGAUGAUUCUUUGAAAUUGUGCACCGUCAUUCAUCCAUAAAUGAGGACUGAUACCAUAAUCACGGAAGUCAGGCAAGACUGUAUGGCCUAUAUUGGUCUGAUUCUAGCUUAUCGAGCGAUCGCUCGUGGACGAAGAAAUGUUGUCAACCCUUCGCCUUCGCGUCAAGCCACUAUACGCGACCCUGGGUAUUGUGAUCUUCGGAGUUGUAUUGUUCUUAAAGUUCUCACCUUGGACUCCGAGCAAACCUGUCACGACACCCUCUUUGACGGAAGUGGGAAGGGAUUUUUAUCUUGAUGGUAAACAGUUUCGAAUUCUGAGUGGUUCUAUACACUACUUUAGAGUUGUUCCUGAAUAUUGGAAAGAUCGUCUGCUGAAACUCAAGGCAAUGGGUUUGAAUACUGUUCAAACGUAAGUCUGCAGUAUGUUUGACAUUUCCAAAGGUAUUGUAGUGUUUAUCAACACUGAAUGGCAAUGUAAACGCGGAAAUUACUGACGAAAGCAUCUCGAGCACUUUUUAAAGCGCUGAUCGUUAACCUAGCUAUGCAACAAUCCAUUGACGGUACCUUCUUUCAAAGAAGACAGAGAGGGUAGUUCUUGCGAAAUGACUCCUUCAGAAAUCUGGCAUUUAUUUAUUUAUAUAUGUAGAUGUAGAUGUGAAGCCUUAUUAUUAUUACAGUAUCGUUUUUUGUUUCAGUUACGUCCCAUGGAAUUUGCAUGAAGAAGUUAUGGGACAUUUCAACUUCGAAGGUGGAUUAGAUAUUGCGUGAGUUUAUUUUUGGAAAUGCUUUUAUCGAUACUUUUAUCGGUGUUUACUAUGAUGCCCUAUAUAAUGUAUUAGUAAGCUCAUUAUAUCUACCUGGAUUUAUGAAAAACGGGUUAGCAAACAUUUGUAAUAAUUCUUUCAACUUCCCCUACCUUAGCUUUUUUACCGUGUUGUUUGCUUAUGUUGUUUUUUUUGUUGUUGUUGUUGUUGUUUUGUGGUUAGAGAUUUGUGUAGAAGUGCCUGUAGAGGGAAUUUCGUGAGUUCACUUUCUUUGUUCCCCUCCCCCCUCUCCCUCCCUAGAGGUUGUUUUUCCGUCCCUACCCAGAAUUCUCUGUCUUAACAGCCAGCCAAAAAAACCUUUCAUCGGUGCUUAGAUGGGCUGAUUGUGCCUUGAAAACCAAAAACGAAUUCUCAACUCAGGAAAAUUGGAUGUAGGUCUAGUUUCAGUGGGUUCUUGGCUUUGAACCUUUCUUUGUGCCACUUGGGAAAUUUUUUUUCAACCAAUCAGAAGUGUAUACUGCGUGGUCUGUGUAGUCACAGGUCAUCAGUGUGGUAUUUCCGUCAUCAUUCCUCAGAGGUCAUUUUGUAAAAAAAAACAGUGGUGGCACCCAUUGUGAAACGUUCUUUGUUUUGAAAUUCUCAGGUUAAGUAAAGGAGAUAUUCCCAACAAUAGCUGCUCUAUUUAUGAAAUUGAAGGAAUUAUGUGUAACAAGGACAACUUGCAUCCAAGCAAUUUUUCAUGACAAAAUUUGUGUUUUCACCUUUUUCCAUUUCAUUGCAGUCGUUUUAUCAACCUAGCUCAUACAAUUGGUUUAUAUGUGAUUGUGCGUCCUGGUCCUUUUAUAUGUGCCGAGUGGGAGUUUGGAGGAUUUCCAAGGCAAGAUUAUAGCUGAAUAAUAAAUCAGCCAUUUUUGCAGUUGAAAUUAAGGGUCAUGAUAGAAGUCGUACAAUAGACAUCUACUUCAAGACUGUUAUUAUACAAAAAAUUGUUCACCGAGCAUAAAAUUUACCAUCUUUAAUUCUUUCACCAUACAGUAUGAUCUUGACAUGAUCUCUGAUCCUAGCAGUAUGCAGGAUGCGUGUCAAAUAUGAACCUGGUAUAAGGCCUUGCUCUCCAUGAGCUUUCAGUAGCUCAGUGGAUAGAGUGCUCACCCAGUGUUUGGGAGGUUAUAGGUUUGAACCUUGUCGGGGACUCAGACUUUUUUUGUCCCAUACUCGUGACAUGCUGAUUAUUUCAUUUUGACAUUUGUUCACUGAGCUUAAAAUUUACGAUCUUUCAUUCUUUCACCAUUGUUAAUCUUACCUUUGUUUUAAUUACACUUAUUUAUGACCACUGUUUAUAAGAAACAUUCAAUAAAAUUAUUAUAAUUACAGUCGAACCUCUAUGUGCGACAGUUCUUCUAAGUAACCACCAUACCAGAACCUCUUGUAAGCAACCUCCUCUCAUAAGCAGCCGCAUUUUGGCCUGAUGGUUUUAUAGUUUUCCAUUGUUUUUAAUGACCUCUUGUAAGUGACUACUUGAUAAAUGGUUACCAGAAUAACUCAACAAUAAUUAUUAAGGCAGGGACUCAGCAAUAUACCUGCUGCUGCCAUUUCCUUUUUAUUGAAAAAAAAUGGUGAUAUAACAUUAACUAGAAAAUUCAAUUUGUGUGUGGUCCUUUGACAAUUUUAUUGUCCAUGAUUAAUUUUCAGCCUACUUACAGGUCAUUUAAAACUGACAUUAAGUAGAUGGAAAUCUCAAAGCUUCGGAUCAAAGCAAUACUAUCCAUUAUUCCAUACCUUUUCAAUCUCUAAGUAGUAAUAUUAUAUUACCUUCUAAUGUUUUGUAAUAAUGCCACAAUUUUAUUUCAGCUGGCUGUUGCAUGAUCCAAACAUGGAGUUGCGAUCCAUGUAUACUCCUUAUAUUCUGGCUGUAGACAGGUAUUUGAAGAAAAUGGCAGAGAUAUUGGCCCCACUGCAGGUGCGUAUGUGUUAUUAUACAUUAUAAUCACUAUCUGUCUUCUCAUUGGCUAAUUAUGUGCCUACAGCUAAUUUGGGAAAUCAGCCCAACCAGAUUAGUUACUUACCUGCUAGUAGAUUAUUGACUAAUCUGUAGGUAGUGUGCACAGUGCAUGAUUUCUAAUAACAUUAUCGAUUCAGGUUCCUCGCGAUGGCAUGUUUGUUGUUAUUUUCUUCAAAACAAUGUAUAAUAAAACAAUAAUUUAUUAUUGAUUCCGUUUUUGUAAUAUCCUAAUAAUCAAUGACUCGGUAAGUGUUAUCAUCCGCUGCUGAUAGCACUUACCUCGACGUUGAUUGUCUCAGAAAUAACAAAAACAUCAUCCAAUGAUUGUUUAUAAUUUACUAAUUUAGAGGAAAAAUUUCUAUGCUGUGCUAAAUCAUUGUGUAUGAGCAGAACCCUUGGGAGCCAAAUUGGUUGCCUUACAUUUUAAAAGACAUACCAGUACCAGAUAAGAGUGAUUAAGCAUUUUAUAAUUUGUAUCUUGACAUUAAGGUGUCAAAUAUUGAAGUUGUUGUUUAGAGUCAGAUGUCUUGAGGGAAAGGUUUCAUUGUGAGGGCCUUUGUGUAAUUCAGUUUGUCAAUGAAGACUUUAAGGCUAAGAAUGCUGGGAAUUGAGUCUCAUUGGACUGUCAGUAAUGGUUGUUCAUAAAGGAGUUGUAGCUGUCAGCUAAUGUCCAAUCUUGUCAAUCUUGCUCAUAUCCCCUAAUUAAUCAUCUUUAAUGAAAGAAGGCUACAAUAAUUUCAUUUUUUUAGAAAUUUUGGGGGAAUUGCUUUUAUUAAAAACAGACAAGAGAUAAGAAAACUUAAAACAUGUAUACAUGCAGACAGUACAGUUGUUUUCUCUCAAACAUGGUGUAAUAGCAUAUCAGUCAUAAGUACGUGCAGUGGGCACUACGCUGUAAAAAGCUGGUUGAACUUUUUUAAAGGGUAUCAAAAUAUAACCCAGUUUUCCAUGAUACUAAAUAGCUGCAUAGUUGCAUAUGAAAUUAUCUCUAAUCUUAUUUAUUUUUUGGCUGUUUUCAGUAUUCCAAAGGUGGACCCAUUAUAGCUUUUCAAGUUGAAAAUGAGUAUGGAAGCUAUUCAGAGGACUUAAGCUCUGAAUACAUGAUUCACCUGCGAAAUGUAAGACAACGAUUUUUGUGUUUCACCCUCCACCAACCCAGCACUAGAGGCUCUGGGUAACUCUGGCCUUAAUUCUGACCAAUUACCAGCAGAGCUCUAUUUCAGGCAUGGUUGUGCGUCCAGUUUGGCUGAAUAAUAGAGGAUUAAUGGUAUGGUAAGGCUCUGUGCAAAAACAUCUCCUACACUCCUCAUUUCCUUUUUGGAGGGGUGUUUUGGUAUGGAGCUUUUUGCUAUAUUGAUGCUGGCGCAACACCUUGUUGAGUGAAAGGGCAAGGUAUUAGUUCAACUACUGUAUACUCUCUAGCAGCCCCCAAUGGCCCCUUGUGCCUUACUUUUCCUCUUAGGUGACUAGGAAAAUUUCAUUUUAAUUAUUUGUCAGUGUAAGACGCAGACUGCAGACUAUUGAUUUCACCAUGCAAAUGAGUAUGUGACAACAAUAGUCCCAUUGUUUUCCAUCCCUAAAAACAAUAGUCCACAGUCUUCAUUUUACACUGCCCUUUUUUAUUAUUAAAAGCAUGCUAGACACAGUGGGUUUCACAAUUUCAGAGUACUUGACUCUCUUCAAUUUUACUUAGAGCACCUCUGUAUGAUUACUUUCAUUUGUUUUUUAACCUUUUUCAAUUUGAGACAAAAUAAACCAACAAGCCGGUAAGGAUAGUUAAAGGUCUCUGAAAGUGAAUGUCUUAUCGUGUAUUUGCUUGUUUUUAGGUUAUGGUUGAUGAAGGCCUUACAGAAUUGAUGUUUACAUCUGAUAAUCUGUGGAUAAUGGAGCAAGAAAAAUAUCGUCUGCCAGGAGGUACUACAUGCACUUUACACUCAAGUUCAUUUCACUUCACUUCACUUGAUUGUCGUUGCUCACAAAUAGCGAAAGCUAAUUGAGGUGGAGACCGUGAUGAUAUUUUAGGUUGUAAUCGUAGAAUAUUGGUAAUAUUUUAUUUUACAGGGUAAUUUGUUUUACGUGGAACAAAUAUCUUUUAAUUUAAGGGGCGAUAUUUUUUUGGAUUUGAGAUAUUAAUGGUACUUACUUGCUUGUUUAGUCAAAUUUAACUUCUUAUUUCGUCUUUGUAUUCUUGUCCCCUUGCAGCAUUUUUAACAAUGAAUUUGCAAAAAGAUGAGGUUGAUUCUAUCAAGAGGCUCAAAAAGUUGCAGGUAAAGGUUUUUUUAUUAACUUAGCCUCAGUUCAAGAAAUUCCACCCUUAAAUCGGUAAAAUUUGGUUCUAUGGCACAUUUUUUUUUACUCCCUAGUCUAAGAAUGCAUAGCCCGCAAGAAAGCUCUCUCGCCGCGUACGAACUCUGUCCCGCUUGCGUGUGCCUUCUCACGAUAUCGAAGUUGCCUAACGAAAAUUUCAACAUGGGUUUCUCAACCUUUUACCAUAUUAGUUCGAUUCAUUUUGUAUCACCUUUUCAAAGCACAACCAUAUUAAAAAUUAUAGUGGCCUAAGGUUGUUUUCAGAUGGCUCACUAUUCAGUGCCCAACUUAUCUUUACCGUUGACUUGUCCCUUUCUCAAGAGUGGCCGCUUAAACAGGGGUUUGUUCUCCCGAAUAUGCGAUUUCUGAUCGAAACGUUGUACAUGUAAAACCAGAUGAGCCAUGAAGUUAGCAGAUCAUUGCAAUAAUGGCCGUUUUUAUAUUUAGAGGACGUUUAGACGGAUCAACGUUUGGAUGUUUGAUAAGCGCGAGGUUGAGUGCGUCCCGUGUCCACUGUAGAAGCCAUUUAAGCCUCCCACCCUGUUGGUGGGAAAGGCCUAAGAACGUUUGUUUAGGAGGCUAUUAAAGUGGACAGCGUCAUAUAUGGCUAUGACGUCUGUUAAGUGCAUCGAUUAUACAUGUGUAAGCUCAGACGCUUACUGCGUCUGCGUUUUUUCUCGUGUUUACACUAGAUGGUUUGAAAGUCAACCCGGGAUGGGGAGACUCCCAAGUGAAAGGGACUGAGAUAUUCGUUAAAACCUCAACGAAGACUAAACUGGUCUUGACUCAGUCUUUGUUGGAUCUUUAUAUGAGAGCAUACGCCAACUCAUAAUGACAGUGUUUCUUUUUGUGUUUUUCGUAACACGCUAUGUGAGUCGGCCAGCUACCCCUUCCUUUUCAUAUCGGAGCGUCUUUUCGGGUAGAGUACAGAAUUUUAGAUUCUAUUAAAAAAGACAAGGACGACUACAAUAGUGAUACUUUCUCAAUACUUAGUAGUGCGGGGCGUGAACCAGCCUCAAUCUGACAACGCGAUGGCAGCGAAAACAUCGCUUAAAAAGUGAAUUUAUGUUCCUCCAGUCUUUAUCGCGAUUAUUCCUACCCAUCUACGAUUGAAUUAUCAAAAAUCGACAAUUUCCCAUGGAGAUGAAUUCGUAGAAUCCCUAUCCAAGUUCAGAAAGAGAAAGAAAAUUUCGUCGUUACGUCCUCCGUAAAAUGUAAAAUUAGGCAAUUUCGCGUCGAAGUCAUACAAAAACGGCAAAGAAAUGUACAAAAAAGUACUAUACACGUACAAAAUUGUUGUUGUACUUUUGACGUUCUCGUUGCCAUCGCAUUGUCGGAUCGUAAAGUCCCUAGUUUUGGCGGGUAAACGUGAUAUCUCGUACUCGUUGUUGUCCUCGUCCUCGAACCUAUAGGUCUGUCACUAUUAAUGGCCCUGUGGUAAUUUCAGUAGCCUUGUGGGUAAAUAGCAUGCGCAGUGUAUUUAUGAUAUAAAUACAGGGUGGUAAGUUGGUAGUAAUGUGGCUGUUUGUCUUCCAGCCUAAUAGACCUUUAAUGGUGGCAGAGUUUUGGCCAGGAUGGUUUGAUAAUUGGGGCGAUGGUCACUACAAAAUGGAUGUUGAAAAGACUACCACAAGGGUAUUGAACAUUCUUAAGGCUGGAGCUUCCAUUAACCUCUACAUGUUUCACGGUAUGGCGGAAUAUUUGUGGCAUAUUUUCCGAAGCAAACACAAAAGUAUUAUUUUUCGGACUGAAGUGAUUCGUUAGUCAUUUUUUUACCUAGUAUUCCGCACAAGGAAUGGCUGUUUAAAAAGGCCAAAUUCAUCUACGGUAAUCAUAAGUCGAAAAAGUACUUAUAAAAUAAUUCUUAUCUCAGUGUCUAACACUUAAGCAAGGUAGCUUUUGAUGGUAUCUUAUAAUUAUAGUCUUUCACAGCAAAGUCAGCUCCGCCGCGGGUGUUGUCAUGUGUAAGCUCGCAGACGUACAUAAGGCCAAAAUGGGAGCCGCGCUUCUACUAAAAAAAUUUCGGCCAUAUCUUCCGUUCAGUGCACUUGCUUUCAAUAGAACUCUUUAAAUGACUAAAACUCUACAAUGCAGCAUAUAGAAAUAGACUCAACUAGCGAUGCUUUCCUUUUUUUUCUUUCAGGAGGCACUAACUUUGGAUUUAUGAAUGGCGCUCUUGUCAUUCCCUGGAUACGAAAAUUCUCUUAUCAAGCUGUUGUUACGUCAUAUGGUAACAUCCUCUUUGGGAUUCUCCAGUUUUAAUACUGUGUCGGCCAUUUUGACGUUGUCCUUGAGACCAGGAACUGUUUUGGGGGACAAAUUUGAACCAGUGUUUUUAAUAGUGUCCGAAAACAGUGCCUUAGAAACAAAGUACAAUUCGACAGACCCUAAUCUCACGCUUAACCGUAGACAAAGAAUGGCCAAUUUGCUCCAACCUGGCUCACUCCACACUAACGUAGACUCUUACCUAGUCGCUAUUUAUGUGUUUAUGGGCUGGGAGAAGAUUGGGGUUAGGAGGCACACUGUUGUCUUCCCAUGAGACCUCGCGCGUCUCAUUUAUCACCCAAUCUUUUCUCUUCUCAUAAGACUUAUAAAUAGUGACUGGGUACGAAUCUGAGGCUAUGUUCACACUAUACUGAAUAGCUUUUUCUCUGCCUUGAAAAUCAUACCGGAUAGGACAGGAAUGGUUGUGGCUGCGCGAUUUCUUUGACGAAGCGAAGCUGCGCCGCGCCGAUUUUUGACAGUGGAGCGUGACAUAUUGGAUAGGUUUUGUGCCAUACUUUGGUGUCAGCUUGUAAACACCUAUUCGGCCCGUCGUGGAAGUAAAUAAGUAGGAGCGGGGACUGGAACCCACUGAGACGGAAGUAAAUAUUCAGGAGUGAUGGAGUUUAGUUAACCAAAUACUCUCAGCCAACCGCGCUCGCAAGGUGAUGAACGUGCCGCCUCUUAGCAGUUGCUGUUCGUACUCUACCGCCUACACUAAACUAAAACGAGAAGGCACAUCUGGCGAUGCGGGUUUUUUCUCUUUGGUUUGAAUAGGGGCAACUUUAUUGUAUCGAUUUUGAUUUACCAUAUAACCUGUUCCUUGUAGAUUAUGAUGCUCCAUUGUCAGAGGCUGGUGAUGUGACAAAGAAGUUCUGGGCUUUAUCUAAAAUUUUUAAAAAGUAUAACCCAAGCUCCAAUCAUAAAGGUUGGCCUUUUUUUAGUACUGACACACAUUAGGGACCAGCCAUUAUUUAUCGCCUGGGGGGUGGGGGGAGGAUUAUGGGGGGAUUACUUGAUUUUUGGGAAACAAAACUUGAGUUUUUGGGAACCCAAAGGGGGGAAUCACUGAAAACUUUGGAAGGAUUCAGAGGGGGACCACUCAAAUUUGCUUGGAGAAUGAAGACAUGGGGGGGGGAUCGCGAAAGUCAUCAAAUGUUAUUAGGGGGAAUCACUUCAGUGAAGUAACAUUCAAAGGGGGGAUCGGCUAAAUUUCACCUUUUUGAGCCCCAAAUCUUUCCCCCCCGGCGAUAAAUAAUGACCGGUCCCUUAUUUGGUGGCGUUGAAAUAAAAUUCAGGGUCCGCCUAGUUUGAUUACCAGUUUUUUUGUCUUACCCAGCUUUUUUGCAAAAUCAGAAACAAAGAAAUUGAAAGUGAAACUAGUUUGAAACUAUCUCAGCUAGAAUUUUAUUUCAUUCGUAAGAUUUUUAUUGGUUGUGCGUAGCAGGGUUAACUAAAUCUUCAUAUAUCUUUCGUAAUUUCAUAACGAUUUCUAAAGAGAGUCGUAAAGCAACUGUGAUUAGCUCUGACUGUCUCAUACGACUGCGAUGUGUCUUACAAGUUACCCUUAACGAUUGAUGUAUUAUUUGCCUCCUAGUUGAUAAGAGUCUUCUAUACCCAGAGAGGAGAGCAUAUGGUAAUUUACGUAAUUGUUAUUUGUUUUUGUAAAAUACUAGCCUCCUUAGCAGGCGCCGGUUUUUGUAGAGUGAAAAUGGAGAAAUUUCGAUAACGCGCGCGCACGAGUUGAGGGGAGAAAAGGAAAGGAGGCCUCCUCUCCCCUUCGCGAGUUCCCCACGCGCGCUCUAUAAAAACUUACCAAAAUAACUGGCGUCUGUCACGCAUGCUUUUGUAUAUAAUACUUGAUUUUGUACGGGUUACUCCUGUUUUUUAUUUUUAGCAACACGGUUUUUUUUGUCUUUCAUCACAUCUAGGUAAUGUAAAGAUGCAGAAGUGCUUGGGACUUUCAGAUAUGACACAUUCCUUUGUGAGUAUUAUUCAUUACCGAAUAAUAGUUCAUUUAUUUUUUGCUACAGCCUAAAGUUUUUUUUGCGACGAGAAUGAAUUCCAGCGCGGAGGAACAAUUAAGAAAUUGAAAAUAUUUGCCGCUAAGAAUAUUCUUAAUUUGAGAAAAUAAAAUACAUGCGAUCUAUGUAAAAAAUAAGGGCAAAAACGACUAUUCUAAAAGUACCUGAAACAGUUAUAGUUAAAGUAAAGGGAGGUAUCCCAUCAAAUGAUGGACCUGCAUCCCUGAUUUUUAACAACUGUAAAUUGCACAGUAAGAAAGUAACAUUUAUGUUAGUUGCUAGUGGUUCGUUUUAUUAAUAAACCAAGUUCGAUUUAUUUAAAAUUCAUACUUGGUUUCGAGGCUUGCUGAGGGGUGGGGGGCGGGGGCUGGGGAAUGAAACAAAAGAAAUGUAUUAUUCAUCUCUGAACCUUAAGAUGAUUCUUUUCUCAGUUUUCCCAAGCUUCAUAACCAUGUAUGGAUUUUAAUUUAUCAAAAUUGAUCUAUUGUAAUCUAUUGCAGUGUGUAUUGGGUUGUGUGGUUUCUCCAAGCGAUAUUUCUGAUACUGAAAAGACAUUGGCGUGAUUCCUUUAGAAUGCUGGUGGAAAUGACACAGACUUUAAUUUUGUAGGCAUUUAUCGUUUGCUUCCUUACUUCUUUAUCCGUGAAAAAAACUCUCAGCUCUACAAAGGUUCCUUUUGUGUCACGCUGAAUACAAAUCGUAUACAAAUUAUACUAAUCAAUACAUUCGCCACUUGAGUAAUGAGAAGAAUACUGGAGCCGAAAUGUGUCCCGCGAUUGUUUCUGGGAUCGUUACUGGGCAUGCGCCAGUCAGCUAUUGGCCAAUAACCAAUUUUUUCCUUCUCCCUAUUAACAGUCCCAGAAGUCUUUGCGAAAAUUAACUCAGCCUCAGUUCCCCUCUCGUUUCUAAAGUGGCGAAUGUAGUCGGUCGUUUAAGUCUGUCGUUUAACAGUCGUUUAAGCCCUACGCACUGAUCAUGCGCAUUGGUGAGGAUGAGCCCGCAGUGAUGGCGAAACGCUGCAGACGUGAAUCUGAAUGUUUUUUUUUUUGUUGUCGUUGUUGGCAGGUUUCCGUCGAGAGUGACAAUGUCAUGCCGAUGGAGAUGUUGCCAAUAAAUAACAAUGGCGGACAAGGAUACGGCUUCAUAUUAUAUCGAACAGAACUGUGGAAGGAGCCUUGGCAAAUAACCAUACACGAUAUCAGUGAUAGUGCUCAGGUAACCACAGGAGACGCACAUAGGAAAUGCAUCCGGUUCAAAAAAGGGGGACGUAAUCAAACGCGGUCUUAUUGAUGGAGUGGUCUAUGUUUGGGGGAUGGGGUUAGAUUGAUAGAAUCUUUAUUUAAACUCACUUACAAUAUAUAGCACACUGGUGCUAGUUUAAGCGAGCUAAAACUAUUACAGUGCGACUACUCGAACCUUGGCACUUGGAAGAAGAUUAUCCAAAAUUAUUAUCUUUUGCAAAAUAAUUUCACAUAAAAGUAUUGAGACUUUUCACGCGUCACAAAGAAUCGAAGUAAAAAUCAAGUAAUUCACGUUUCACGGAAAUUUGAAAAAUAUGUUCAGGACUAACCUGUUUACGCAAAGGUAACGGUAAAGGUAAAAGGUAACUCUUUUUCCUUGAAAUUCUCAAUCAAAUGUUAGGGUUUGGGGAAUAAUUGUAAUGACCCAAAUGUUGUCAGGCAAGUUACACGUUAACAAUUUGCCUGCCAACGAAAAAGCAAAUUUUCAAACUACGACUUCAUUAUUGAGCCAAUCUCUUUGCCUAAAAAAAUUCGCUGAAAAUAAAAUGGGUUUAAAAGUAAGCCGUACUACAAAACAUCAGGUCACGCAAAACGGUUUAGUUAACGAAUCACGUUUAAAUCAAGUCGUCGUUACAUGAAUCACGCUUAAUUCCAAAACCGCUUUCACGUGCACGUAAAAAUUGUCUGGGAAUCACGAAUAUUUAAAAACUUAAAUCACGCUUCACGUGACCGAAAAAGGAAAAGUGGACCCUCUUUUAUGUUCAGCUGCGUCGAUCAGUUGAUUACGGCUCUGCUUAUAACACAUCUGUUACUCCUUUACAGGUUCUACUCGAUGGCUCGGUCAUUUACCGAACAAAUUCUGCCAUGAAAAAGGGAACGUGGAAGAAUAUACACUACAUAGAUCAAAAAGAACUGUGGAAAGUGGUAAUAAAGCUGGAUAAACCAAACCAGGUACCACUUACUUCAGUUUAGAUACGAUAUGAUGGGAAAUAACUGAGAGCAGUAUUGUCUAAUAACGAAGAAACACAUUAGCAUUAUUUUUGGUAGUUUUAAUCAAACUCCUUAGCUGCAAGCACCCUUCUUGGAGCUGGCCGGCAAAAAAUCAACAAGUUUAUCUAGAAAAAAAGAUCAUGGCAUAGGUGACAUCUACGAGACCAUAUGUUAGUACUAGGUAUUGAAAAAUCAAAACUGCUGUCCUGGAAUUUUAGGCGAACAUUUUUUUUGCAGGAAAGGUGUUCUGAUUUCCUCUGAUCUUAUGCGGGACUGAAGAUGGUCUGUAAUGUAUUCGUAUACAGCGCACCAAGCUGUGACCAUUUUGUUCGCCUUUCGCCACUUGCAGAUCUCCUAUAAUGCACCUUGUUUACCCCUCAUUUGCAUAAGCACAGCUAACAUAAAACCACUAACCGCAAACAGCGGGUGGCCGUUUGCGGUAAGUUGGCCAAAACUCGAUCCUAAGGUCUCUGUUGAAAAAUGUUGAGCUUGAUUUUUGAAGCAGGAGGCCUUUAAAUCUUACUCGAAGGUAAUACUGGAGUAUUGCUAGGCUUCCUACCAGAGAGCCUUUCCGGCCUCCCUCGCCCAUCCUUAUCUUUCCCUCCGCUGUGAACGCUUGAUCGUAGGCUAGAAGAUCACUGUUACUGUAGAAUCUCGAUAUGGAGAAGAGCUACGUGCCACAUUUUUUUCAGGGGACUGUGACAUUGUAUUCUUCAUAACGAGCCUACAUUGAGUCGGGUUCUCGUCCGAUACAUUUUACUGUGAUUUCUACGAAGAGUAUUGUUCGUGAUAUAUUGGAGUUCUACUUUAGUAAUGAAAACUCUCUCUGAGAUGGACACCAUUGGGGCAGGCACUUAGUGUCUGUUUUAGAGAGAUGUCCAUCUUAUAGAGAGUCAAAUAAAGGGAGUCAAGAAAGGAAGGGACCAACUCUAGGUGUCCGACACUCUUAUAACGGAUACCUCUGUAAGACGGACACCUGUAAAACGGACACUUAGUUUUGGUCCCUGUCUUUCUUUACUCACUCUAUUUGACUCUCUAUAAGACGGACACCUAGAGUUGGUCCCUGUCUUUCUUUACUCACUCUAUUUGACUCUCUAUGGGACGGACAUCUUUCUACGACGGACACUUAGUGCCUGUCCCAAAGGUGUCCGUUUUAGAGAGAAUUGACUGUACACCCAGAAGGGAGGGAUUCAACAACAGUACUGUAAGCACAUUUCUACGUUGAAUUGUAACUUGUUAUUGUUUGGGCACUGAAUGCAGGAUACAAAGAAACAUAUCCUGGAAAUUCUGGUUGAAAACAUGGGACGAUCAAAUAUUCUUCCUGUCAUGAACACUCAACGAAAAGGUAAAGGAACAUUGCUAAACAUUCAAAAAAAUUCAUUUCCAAAACUACAAGAGAUAGGAAGUCAAAAGUCAUAAUUACUUGCAAGUAACAAGUAUUACAAUAAGCAUUUGAGUAAGAUACAAGAAGACGCAACCGAAGAUUGGAAACCAGGCUUAAAAGAUCUAGUUGAUGUCAGGGGAAACGGCUUGCUCCACAGAUUUCCGAUUUCAGCCUCUGACAUCUUUAGCAGCAAGGCAUACGUAAUUUUAAGAGAUAACCGUUUGCUUUUAUAUAGUCGGUUAUCUUUGACAAUUUCGCACUCUUUGCUGUUUAUCAGACGUCAAAGGCCAACAACUUGCCACUGGAAGCCGAGCAAGUUGGCCAUGAUUAGAGACCUUUAGAAGUUCGAGGACGAGAACGACUUCGAGUACGAGAUUUGACUUGAAGUUUUUUCGCGUAUUCUCAAAAUAUAGACACCCCAGAAAGCUUUAUUGUACUUUUCACGCUAGGAAAUGUGAACACUGUUAUGUUUAUUAAAGGAGGUUAAGCCCUCUCUCGGUCGCAAAAUGAUAAAACUUCCAACAUUUGAUAACUGUUUCCCCUACUAAGACAUUCUCGCUAAAACUCGUAGUAGAAUGACGACGGCUAUCACGUUUUCGCGCCAAAAUGACGCUGGUUCACGCGCGAAACACUACUUAGGAUUGAGAAGAUCUCGUUCUCCUAGUCGUCCCAAGCUCUCUAUUCUCCGCCGUGGAGGAAGUGAUUGUCCAUACGCAUUUGUGAAGUGGGAGAGAGAGAGAUAUCAAGCAAGUAACACAAUGCACUACCUCAACAGCACUAAACAUCCUUUUUUCUGACCGCGGAAGGAUUAGUUCAGUCGGUAGUACGCUUGACUGCAGAGCGGGAGGUCGCGGGUUCGAUUCCUGGGAGCGGAACGAUGCUCAGGGUCUUAGAAUAACUAAAAAUGAAGGUACUUACUUUGCCUUGCAAACGGCUUGACCACGUAAAAUGGCGGUCCCGUCUCCAGGAGGAGACGUAAAUAUAGUGUCCCCAGUUAGUACUUGCGUGCUAAGUAUAUGGACAUUUUGCACUAAAGCACUUUUUAAAAUAAAGUACGCUUUUUUGGUAUUGAUUAUAAAGUGUAGACCAGAAUGUAAAGUUUUUAACGUACUUUGUUAAAUUACCUUCAGGUAUCCUGGGCGAUGUAUUUGUGGAUGGUAAGAAGCAAAGCAGUUGGAAGAUAUAUCCUAUGGAGUUUAAACGAGAUUUUUUCUCCAAGUAAGUAAUUUAGAGUAAUGUAGCAUGAGUAUUAUACAUGUGUCACUCAUUGCAUGAAUCAGAAUAGAAACGCGUUACUGUGAGCGUGAGUGAAACUUUAUGGACGGGUACCGUAUUUCCUCAAAAAAACACCAAUGAAUUAUACACCUUUGCUUGUGUUACAAUCAUGUGACACUGGUCAGCGAAAACCCUUUUUUGACAGCUGUCAGUUGACUAUAACGUAGAUAUCCAAUAUCAAGUUUAACAGAGGUGCAAAUACCUUGGACUCCUGGCGAGUAAGUGUGAUAUUUCACAUCUGCUAACAUGAUGGGGCAGACUUUUUAAGGACGGACGGAUGAUUUUGUCACAACUAAACCAAAAUUUCUUGGAUAAAAAUAUAACCAAAUUUUGUUACCCAUGGUGCUCUACAGCGCGUGCUUCGCGUGCACGAGAGAGCUCCGCUAUAAAUUUUUAUUCCCACAAAAAUGUUUACUGCUGUGAUAUUUCCAUGCUAAUGGAAGCACAACGUUUUUGUUUUUAUUGCUAUGCUAGAUUGAGCGACUUUCCGCUGUCAUGGAGAAAAGUAACAGAGUGGAACAAACCUUACCCUCCGACCCUGUACCGAGGUACAUUUGAUAUUAAAGGUGAAAUAAAAGACACGUUUCUGCACAUGAAAGACUGGACCAAGGGCGUCGCUUUUAUAAAUGGCCAUAACUUAGGGAGGUACUGGGAACUAGGGCCACAAGAGACGUUGUAUCUUCCGGCGCCAUGGCUACGAAGAGGCAAUAAUGAGGUAAGUUUUACCGAAUAGUUUCGUCUCAGUUAUAGCGAAAUUCGUUGUUUCGCGCUUCGAAGGAUUUCUGGUUUUUUCUGUUCCGUCAAUCAUCUUAGCGGACCUCUUAGGAAACACAUGGUUACUUGCACGAGUUCAAAAGGUCACCGCUUGCGAUUCGUGAUUGGUGGAUUUCGAUCCGUUUUGUUUGUUUCGUGUUUCAAGGUUCGUUGUUUUGUGAUGGUCCUCUUUCGGGCAAUAAUCGACUAGUUUUGAAGUUUGCUUCACAGAUUUUUCGGGAUCUCUUUUUAUUAUUGUCACUUGCUAAUAAAGCAACAUCUGCCUCCUUCCCUUCGACAAAAAAUCCACUCGCCAACGCGAUUUCCUUCGCUAUUCUUGAGCAGUCUAGAGUCAUUGGGCGAGCACGUUACAUUGUGAUUUGCAUUAACUCCGCCUUCACUUAAAUGAUUGGCGGAACAGAAAAAGCCAAAGUCCCUUCGAAGUUUGCUGUAAUUCAUUGAAAAUGCCAGAGGGCUAAAGCGAUUUUAUUUCGGGAGCUACGCGUCGGAAAUUCCUUUCUUUUCUUGCGGGAGCAAGGAAAGGGAGAUUAGAGAUAUUUAGAACAAUGAUCACGAUCACUAUCAUCGUUAUCACUAUUGCCAUCAUCAUAUAUUUAAUAAAGCAGGUUACAUGUAAGGCAGCUUGAAAGAUGAUGUUGACCUUUUACAGCAACACAACCGCACAUGCUUUUAAGGUUAAUUACACUACCGGGGUCUUCAUAACCAAGGAGGUUUCUAAAUACUCUUCUUUAAGAACAGUAGUAUGGGUUCUUUUGCGUUCCAUAAGAAUCAGAACAGUGAAAGAGCUGUGAGACAGGGUCUAAGCCACGGUUUUUCGUCCUCAUCCGAGAAGGCUACCCAUUUAUGUCAGAACAAAGACAUUCUCCGCAGUUGGUCCGCCCGGGAUUUGAUCCCACGACCUCCCGCUUUUUCCCACUGGGCAGAGUAGCGCUUAUCUAAUUCAGCUAACGAGGCAGGGUUUCUAAUGCACUAGAAAGUUAAGAAGAAUACCCACGCAGAAAAAGUCCAAAUGCGAUGAGUUUUGUUUGCAAAAGAGGCUUUGCGGUAACUGUUGUUUUGUUUCUCUUGUGUCUGAUGUUAACAUGCGUAAAGGUGUCCCACGAUAGGUAAAAUAUCGCGGAUGAGAGGGUGUUAUCAGCAGGGAGUUCACAAGUAUCGACAGUGUACAUCUAACCCUUACUGAGCAUCUCAAGUUAUCGGCGGAGAAAGUGAACGCUAAUUUUACAAAUCUUGCUCUGAUUCAUUUCGUUUUUGUUUCUUUCUUUCAGCUUUUAGUGUUUGAGUUGGAAAAAUGCAAAGUUCCUGAAGUACCUUUCUCGCUGGAGCCAAAGAUCAAGGGAGAGACUGUCGAUGUAGAAUAACAAGAGCAACAACAGUAACGCGCUUUAUAAUUUCACCAAUAUGGAAGUCUUUUGAAUCGAAAGUGGUAUUGGCCACUUCCACAUCAUCCCAUAUAAUACGCUCUAUUUACACCCAAAACUUUCAUAAACGGCCAAUUCUGAGUCCGUAGAGAAAUUGAAAAAAGUACUCGUGCAAAGUUUGGGGGCAAACAAAAUCACGGUAUUGUUGGAUGAUGUGGAAUUGAUGAAUUGAAUUCGUUUUCCAUUGUUUUGUAAUUCAUGUGUACUUCUCAAACUCAUUAAUAAUUCAUUAAGAAAAUACAAAGGAAAUUAAUGUUUAAUGAAUGUUUGGAAAUCGGAU